AACUCUCGACGUCCGCCUGGCAGCUAUCCCAUAUCCUAACUUUUCUGUCCACCCGCGUGAUCUUUACAAGCCACCGCAUUUUUCAACCUCAUCAACAUUAUGACUGCCUCAACAACAGCUUCUCAGACGGAGAUGGAAGCGGCUAGGGUCCCCUUGGGAUGGAGAGAUCAGUGUUCUGCGCUUCUGAUUCCUCUCAACGUCUGCCGACACAAGGAGCUCUACAUGCCAUGGAAAUGCGAGGAUGAAAGACACGGUUAUGAGAAGUGCCAGUACGACGACUACAUUCGCCGGAUGAAGCAACUCACUCGACAAAAGAAGGAAGCUGCUGAAGCAGCUUCCGAAGAAUAAGCCGAGAUACUUGCAUCAAUUCUUCAAGAGGUGUAUGCAUUUGAGAUACUACUGGAUUGCCUCGGAUAUGUCAGGACCGACUGCCAUCGACUUCUGCGAGACGCCACGCCUACGAUUAGCUGUUGUCUGAGCCGCCAUUAUCAACGUCGUUCGUUAAAACCAUACCUCGCAGCGGAUAACAGACACAGGUACAAGGGCACCGCCAUUUUGUGCUCAUACCUCUGUAUACAUACAAGAGAUUCAUAUUGACUAAAGCUUUACAACCUGGCAUUGCUAAUUAUAUUUGUACAGUUCCAUAAUAAUAAAAACAUUAUCUAUCUGUCAUCCCCUUCCUCCAAGUUCCUCCAUUUCCCAAAUGUAUUAGGUAAUAAGG